UGCAGCCCAACCGGCCUGCUUGGGGACUGUUUUUCCUUGCAUAGCCUUGCUGUUUCAGUCUUUGUAGGGACUUACACUCCCACUCUCCCAGAUGGCGUCUGUGCUGGCGACAGUGGAUGCUCAGGGGCCUAUGGUCUAUGAAGAUCUGGCUGUGUAUUUUUCCCAAGAGGAGUGCGUGGGUCUGCUUCCGGCCCAGAGGGUCCUCAACAGAGGGGCCGCAGCGGAGCGUGCUGAGGAUGUCAUUUUGAAUGGAGAGGAAGGCAAGACUGAGAUUAAUCAGCAGUUAAGCCUAGAGUCUCUGGAACUUGAUGAACUUGCCCUAGAAAAUUACUCCAUUGCUGCACCCCUUGUCUAUUACCCAGAAAAAUCCUCUGAGGAUGGAGUUGGAAACUCUGAAAGGAAAAUAUCAGAUGGAACCUCUGCUUGCAAGAAAAGAUUCAUAAGCCUUUUGGUUACCAUUGAAAACCAUACCCCAUUAGUAGAAUUAUCUCAAUGUUUAGGAAUCAGACAACUUUCUGAAAUCCUUGAAUUUUCCUUGGAAGAAGCCAAACAUGUGUACAAGUGUCCUGAAUGUGACCAAAGCUUCAGCGAUAAUUCUUACCUUGUUUUGCAUCAGAAAAUUCACACAGUAGAAAAAAAGCAUAAAUGUGAUGACUGUGGGAAGAUCUUCAAUCAUAGAGCCAACUUGAGGACACACAGGAGAAUCCAUACUGGUGAGAAGCCUUAUAAGUGUGCCAAGUGCAGUGCUAGCUUCUGCCAGCAGCCACACCUGUCCCGGCAUAUGAAUAGCCAUGUACAGGAGAAACCCUAUACUUGUGACAAAUGUGGAAGAGCUUUUAUGUGGCUUCCAGGAUUGGCACAGCAUCAGAAAAGCCACAGUGCUGAGAAAGCCUAUGAGUGUGCCAACUGUGAUAAACAUGUUCUUCAGAACACAAAUCUUGCUUUGCAAGAGAAAACAUACUCAUCAGCCACUCCAUACCAGAACACUGAGUGUGUGAGCACUUUGGGGCAGGCCUCAUGCUCUUCCCUCCCAGAGAAGGGCCACAAGGAAGACUCUCAAAGCUGCAGCAAUGAUGAUGAAAACUUUUUUUCUUUCUCAAAAUUGAAACCCUUGCAGUGUCUUGAGUGUGACAUGACCUUUCCUUGUUUCUUUGAGCUUGUUUCCCAUCAGAACAUUCACACGGUAGAAAAGCCCCAUCAGUGUAAAACAUGUGCAGAAAGCUUUACAUCAGAGUCUGAGCUUGCAAGCCACCAAAAGAGCCACACAACGGAGGGACCUUUUAAAUGUACCAUGUGUGGGAGAAGUUUCAGAAUGAAAAUGCAUCUUGUUACUCACAGGCGAAGCCAUAGGAGAAAUACCAAGUAAAUAUAACAUGUUUUCAUUAACAUUUGGGCUUUUCAGUACACAGUUCCAGUUUAUGUGCCAGGUGUUAUGCUAAGCACUUUAAACAUAUUCC